AUGACGGCUUCAACCAUACCGCCCAACACCAGUACGGCGCUGGCAUUUGUUAUCUCCAAUGUCGCCAUUGUAUUUUUGACGAUGGGGGUCGUUGGGCUUCGUUUCUUGGCGCGUUUUCGGUUCAUGGGCUUGGGCUGGAGUGACAUCUUUGUGUUUCUUGGAUCUAUCUGCGCAUUGGUGCUGGUCAGCAUGCAAAUCUCAGCUAUGAGAUAUAUGGCAAACCUUUUAAUGCAUACCUUUAUUUUCAACAUAUUUUAUAUAAUUGGUUUGGGUGCGACCAGGAUGAGCGUGCUUCUGUUCCUUCUUCGUGCCAUUGCAUGGCGGCCGUUGAAAAUCGCUUUCCAUGUGGCAAUUGCCAUGACGGCCGUCUGGACGGUCGCUUUUGUGCUGGCUCAGGUGUUUAUUUGCACCCCGGUUGCUUUGCAGUGGGAUUUGAGUCUGGGUGGGACGUGUGCCAGCCGGAUUGGCAUUUACGAUGCCCUGAUAUACACAAAUAUCGUACUCGACUUGGGUAUCAUGUUGCUGCCAUCGUAUGAGAUCUGGCAUCUCAACUUUAGCCGCACGGAGAAGGCUGCCCUUGUAACAACAUUUAUUCUUGGCUUUGGUGCCGUCGUCGCCAACUGCGCCAGGCUGACCACCGAAGGCGUCGCCGACAUGUUUGGGGAAUUUGCCGGCACCGUGGACGACAAGUUCUACUUCCUGGCAGCGCUCGAAGCGAUGCUAGGAGCCGCGGCGGUCAGCAUCCCUGCGCUGCGGCCGCUCUACUGCCAACACGGGGGCCCGGGCUCGUGGCUGCGACUGUGUCGGUUGAUCCGAGGCGGCAGUGGUGAAGGGAACGAUGAUAGCGGAGGGGCUGAGCUAGGCCGUGUGCGUGGGCGGAACACGGGAGGUAUCGAAAAGGGGAUCACGGUCGAGACGGAAUUUAUCCUCUCGUCAUACCGCACUUCAAAUUAA